CUAGCCCCAAAACAAGGAACACUCACAAACCAAAAAUUAGUCUUUUACUUGCUGAGCUUCCAGAAGCUCAGGAAAAUCCCCCCAACUACUACAAACCACCGCCCGCCCGCCCGCCGCCGUGAACAUCCGCCGUCCGCAAUGGAUCCCGCCAAGUACGGCGGGAAGCGGCCGUUGGACAUAGAGCAGAUGCCGGAAACCCCACAGCGGGGCUACCACCACCGCCGGGCGCACUCCGACACCGCCUUCCGCUUCGAGGACCUGCUCCUAUUCGACCCUUCCGACCUCGACCUCUCUUCCCUCGACCUACCGGCUCCAACUCCGCCGCGCACCGGCGUUCCCAUGGCGCUCGAUUCCCCGCCGCUCUCCGACGACUCCACGUCCACCGGCCCCGCACCGCCGCCCAAUUCGAGGGCCAAGCCGAUCAACCACCUCCGCAGCCUGUCCGUGGACUCUGACUUCUUCGAUGGUUUCGGACUGGGUUCCGGCUAUGGAGACGAUAAGCUUGGCGGGAAAGGGAUGGGGAUUGGAGGCGGAGGAGGUGGAGAGAGGAGAGUUCACCACAGGCAUAGCAACUCCAUGGACGGUUCGAGCUGUUCGGCGUCGUUUGAAGGGGAUUCUUCUUUUAUGGCUGAUGGUAUUAAUAAGUCCAUGGCGCCUGAUAGACUCGCCGAGCUUGCUCUGAUUGAUCCCAAGAGAGCUAAAAGGAUUCUUGCGAAUAGGCAAUCUGCUGCAAGGUCGAAGGAGAGGAAAAUCCGGUACACCAGUGAGCUGGAGAGGAAGGUUCAUACUCUGCAAACAGAAGCUACCACCCUCUCUGCGCAGGUCACACUGCUACAGAGGGAUACUUCUGGAUUGACUACUGAGAACAAAGAAUUGAAACUGCGGCUGCAAGCUAUGGAACAACAAGCACACCUUAGAGAUGCUCUGAAUGAAGCACUGAGGGAGGAAGUGCAGCGCCUGAAGAUAACAGCAAGUCAAAUGACAGCUAUGAAUGGAAACCCUUACCACCGGGGUCUCGCACCCUUAUUUCCACCACAGCAGCAGCCACCAUUUCCCAGUGGAUUCAAUAGCAGGAACCAAACCGAGCAGCAGCAACAGGGCCUUCCGCCACAGUCUCCUCCAAACAACGGGGCGCCCCGCCCUGGCUUCUCGAGCUUCAGCAGACAGAGGGUGUAGUUAGACUCUGCAGAAGAAAAUCUUUACUUUGGGUUUGGAAUUCCACAUUUUACGAGGCUAGAGUUGGGUAGAUUCAACACCACAGCGAGUAAGUAGCAUCCUGUAUAUGCCAGAGUAUGUAGAGAUAUAGAUGCAGCAGGGGGUAAAAGUUAUGAGAGAUUGGGGGGAAUUACUAUAAGACAAUUUUACUUGUCAUAUCAGAUACAACUGAUGUCUUAGUCACUUGGCAAUUGAACGAGGUUUGAUUAACCAAUUAUCGUCCUGUACUUUAUGUAUUUGUAGGACGUACAAUUAGUGGCAUAAACUUUGAGGUGGGAUUUGGUAUGAACGAACCUCGCCUCAUUAUAUAUCUGGCGGACACAGCCUUGGGUAUAGAACAUCUCGCAAUCUCCUAUUGUUGCUUGUGUGGAACAGCUGAAAUGGUAGGGAGACGUCAUCACCGAUGUUUGCCUGUGCAGCUGCACCAUAAUCUUUCAGCAUGCCAGCGUUGUUCCUUUGCAUUGGUGGAUGGAGUCUGAUUUAAUUCGGAAAUCGCAUGAAAGGACAAUCCAAUGAUGUUUGAUGAGGCUAUCGUUCUGUCCAAAAUCGUCGAUGGUGGUCGAGAUCUGGUUUUGGAUGAUGAGGUUGAUAGAUCAAGUGAAAAGACACCAUUGAUGUUUUUUUCUUCUUCUUUCUCCUGAGACCAUCUCAGCAGAGAAGGUAGUGAAAACUAGUAAUGUCAUUUUCAAUGCGUCCAAUCGUUGUUAGGUGGUCAGGUCAUUUCCGCCUAAUUCUGUGGCCUAAUAGUUACUGACUGUCGAUAGUCAUUGACUCGUUCGAUUGAGCAAUUUUUCUCGUCUUCCACUCAUGGAGAAGAGUCGGGUAAUUCCUACUGUUCAAUACUUCAGUCCAGUAACUUUAGUUAACUGUUGAAC